AUGAGACUACACCCCAUCAUCAGUGCCUUCGGGCUACUUGCGACCACGAAUGCAGGGCUAUUGCGCUUCGGAUGCGCACAGUUGACUGUUCAGCGACUUGACCCGUUGGUCAACCCAGGAUCCAAUCCAUCACCGCAUCUUCAUCAGAUCAUCGGGGGCAACUCGUUCAACGUCACUAUGGACCCAGCUAAAGGCCAUGAUCUUGCAGCGCAAUCGACAUGCACUACCUGCGAGUUUACCGAAGACCUAAGCAACUACUGGACCGCAGUAGUGUAUUUCAAAGCAAGGAAUGGCACCUUUAAGCGUGUUCCUCAACGAGCACAGCAAGGAAUGGAUGGUACAAAGGGUGGCAUGGUCGUAUACUACAUGACCGAUGCCCUCUUCAGCACUUCACAGGCUACAAAAGUAACUGCAUUCAAACCCGGUUUCCGUAUGCUGAUUGGCGAUGUCUCAUACCGUACCCGGGAAGCAGCUCGCGACUUCCGCCAAUUGACGUACAUCUGCAUGCAGAAUGAGGGCACUCGGGAGCCGGAAACGCUCGAUUUCCCAAAGCAACCUUGCCCGGCGGGUGUGAUGAUAAAUCAUAGAUUCCCAACUUGCUGGGAUGGCGUAAAUCUCGAUUCACCCAACCAUCGCGAACAUGUCUCAUACCCCGCGACCGGUACAUUCGAGAACGGCGGCGCAUGUCCAUCUACCCACCCCGUUCGCAUUCCCCAAAUCUUACUUGAGACUGUCUGGGAUACGAAGCAAUUCAAUAAUAAGGCAGACUGGCCAACUGACGGCAGUCAGCCUUUUGUCUGGUCUAGUGGCGAUGCUACCGGUUUCUCGACGCAUGCAGACUACCUCUUUGGCUGGAAGGACGACUCGCUGCAGAAGGCCAUGGACGGGAACAACUACGUGUCCGCUCCGACGCUAAAGAAACAAAACAUUGCUACACAAAACAAGUGUAGUGUCAAGGAUAUGGUCGGCGAGAACUUUGAUGGCUGGCUGACGGCAUUGCCAGGUGGUAUGCAGGUGAAUUGA